GGAGUCUCACGCUUUGAAGGCAGGCGCCCCUCACCGUAGUGUGCAUUUGGGCUUGCUUGUUUGCUUUUAACCUUCCCUGCUAUAGGGCAGUCUGGUGGCUGCUGCCUUUACUGAGAGCUGAUGAAUCUCAACCCCGAAGCCUUUCAGGAGUCACUUGGUUCUCCGUGGUGUUUUAUAGAAACGCAUUCCACAAGCUGAUUGACAUAUUACGUAUGUUGAUUUAUCUCUUUAGUUGACAGGUACCCCCUCAAAUCCACCCUGAGGCUGUGGGAGCAGCUGCUAACUAUUCACUUGCCACCCCAUGGAGACCAACUGAUUUGUUGCCUUUAAACCCUCAUCUAUGGCGAGGGCUCUUCAGUCCUUCUGGGACUCUUCCAUUUUGCAGAGUCUGAGAGAACAUCUUCAUUGGCAGCCACUUGUAAAGAGAUGAGCUUCAGAGCUGAAAGCGGAAGACAUGCUUCUUGUCAUCGUGGAGCUGGUGACAGCUGCUCAGCCAGGGAGCUCCCCGUGAUACAUCUACAUAUGUGCAAGGCUGUUGAAAUGUCAGAUGGUAAAAACAACCAAGAGUUCCAGAUGGGGCAGUCGGAAGAGAAACAUGCUGAAGAUGGUAAUGGGAAAGUUCUGGAUUCUCUCAGAUGGGAGUCCCAUGUCCUUACCUGUGACUUCCCAGCCCAAUCACUGUUCAAGCCUUAUGCAAAGCAGUAUGCCUUGAGGAAGUUCUUCAUAACCAGGGACUCACAGAAAUAACGAGAAGAAGCAAGUGGUGCUGCUCAUGUCCUCCUACCUGCUGCUCUGCAGAUGUGACUUCACCAUGCUGAGCAGCUUCUGAGCACAACAAAUCUUGCUCACCCCCAUCAACUGUAUGAGCUGCUUCAUCAUCCCAGAGAUGUGUCUGGAGAAGCGAGUACCAGGAGGGGAUGGCAGCAGCGAGAGGUUGAGUGCCUUGGCUGAGUGUACAGCUGUCUGGGCUCUGCCGUUGCUUUCAACUUUAUCCAAUUCUGGGAUCCAUCUAGUACAAAGCACUAUGGAAAUCCCUGCCAUGGGCAUUUGGACACUAUGUGCAUUAAUCUAAUAUGUUACAGCAAUAGAAUUUCCUGUGCCUCUCUCAAGGACCAGGAUUGCAGGAGUUUAAGUAGGCUUCUGUGCACACUGAACAUCCACUACGUCGCAUUCAGAGGUGGCUUCUUCCUGGUGCUGUGCAGAGCAUCAAGUCCGUCUCUCUCGAUGAUUCCUGGUGAAGCCUGAAAUGCAGCCUGGCUCCUGCAGGAUGGAAGGUGCUGUAAUAAAUGUUUGCGGAUGUCCCCUUGGAGCCUUUAGAUGUGGAUCAGGAUGCUGCGUUGGUGGACGCUACACAGACAGCUACUGAGGAGACCAUCCCACUCAAGCUCUCAGACUGGAUACCAGAUAAAAGGCUGAAGUGGAAUAGCUCAGACAGAUACAGCUCACGUGUGCAUCAGGAACCAGAUGGACCCAUCGGGAUCAGAGCAAUCUCUAGUCCUGAACUCUGUCUCACUUUUGCUGGUGAAGCCCAAACCUGAGGCUGUGCUCAAACCAGUCUCUUCUUCCUUUCCUCUAAGCAAGCAAUGAAAUGGCAGCCCCUCUCCUGAGGAGGAAACACAGUACCUACCCCGCACUUGGCCUGGCAGCUCAGUCCAGCUGUGCACCAGCCCAGCAGCAGAAAGUCCACGCUCACUCUUCCUAAGCAAGGACCAAUGCCUUGGGCCCAAAGCCAAGCUCUCAGCCACAAAUACGGAGAAGAAGCACAGAGGAUAACAAACUCUGCAUUUAAGACCACCCUUGACCCAUGCUUUCACCAGCACCAUCACUCCAGCAUUGAACUGGGGAGACUUCCAUGCAGAUAAAACUGUAAGGGCUGCAUUUUUGUCAUCUCUCUGGGACAGCUCCUAAUGGUCGAAAAGUUCUUCAGUUAAGUUCAUGAUCAUCACAGGUCCGGUUACCGAAAGAGAUUCACCUGUUUGAACCUUGAUAUGUGUGAGUCUACUCACUGGAAACAAGCAGCCGAUUUAAAAAGAUAUUGGAAGAACAGCUUGGACAUAGAGAAAGGAAUGACCUGGAGUCUUAAAAAACAGACAAGCUUUUCAGUAGCUUGGCGCUUGGAACAAGAAGCUAAAAGUCACAUAAGGUUUGUAGAAACUCCGAGCCACUUCUCCUGGAAGGAGAGUUACUACCGAUCAGCCAUGUCCCAGAGCUCGCAGCCCAGGGAGUUCCUCAGCCCAGAGGUGAUCCAGCAUAUCUGGGACUUCCUGGAGCAGCCUAUAUGCUCAGUUCAGCCAAUUGAUUUGAACUUCAUUGAUGACCCGUCUGAAAAUGGCCCUACUAAUAAAAUAGAAAUCAGCAUGGAUUGUGUCCGGCUGCAGGAUACGGAGCUGAGUGACCCGAUGUGGCCGCAGUACACGAACCUGGGGCUCCUGAACAGCAUGGACCAGCAGAUUCAGAAUGGUUCCUCCUCCACCAGCCCUUACAACACGGAGCACACGCAGAACAGCGUCACGGCGCCCUCACCUUAUGCCCAGCCCAGCUCGACUUUUGAUGCCCUGUCGCCCUCCCCAGCCAUUCCUUCCAACACAGACUACCCGGGACCUCACAGCUUCGAUGUAUCAUUUCAACAGUCCAGCACAGCAAAGUCAGCAACGUGGACGUACUCCACUGAACUGAAAAAGCUGUACUGCCAGAUCGCCAAGACAUGUCCCAUUCAGAUCAAAGUGCUGACCCCACCGCCGCAGGGAGCCGUCAUCCGGGCUAUGCCAGUCUAUAAGAAAGCUGAACACGUCACUGAAGUGGUCAAACGCUGCCCAAACCACGAGCUGAGCCGGGAGUUCAACGAGGGGCAGAUUGCGCCUCCCAGCCACCUGAUCAGGGUGGAAGGGAACAGCCAUGCCCAGUACGUAGAAGACCCCAUCACUGGGAGACAGAGCGUGCUGGUCCCAUAUGAGCCACCUCAGGUUGGUACAGAGUUCACAACAGUCUUGUACAACUUCAUGUGUAACAGUAGCUGCGUAGGAGGGAUGAACCGUCGCCCAAUCCUCAUCAUCGUCACGCUGGAAACUAGAGAUGGGCAAGUCUUGGGCCGUCGAUGUUUUGAAGCCCGCAUUUGCGCUUGCCCAGGCAGGGAUCGCAAAGCAGAUGAGGACAGCAUCCGCAAGCAGCAAGUCUCUGACAGCACAAAGAAUGGUGAUGGUACGAAGCGCCCUUUUCGACAAGGCACUCAUGGCAUACAGAUGACAUCUAUCAAAAAAAGACGUUCUCCAGAUGAUGAGCUCUUAUACUUACCGGUGAGGGGACGAGAAACAUAUGAAAUGCUACUAAAGAUCAAAGAGUCCCUGGAACUUAUGCAGUACCUUCCCCAGCACACGAUUGAGACUUACCGGCAGCAGCAGCAACAGCAGCACCAGCACUUGCUCCAGAAGCAGACCUCCAUGCAGUCACAGUCGUCCUAUGGCUCCAACUCGCCGCCGCUCAGCAAAAUGAACAGCAUGAACAAGCUGCCCUCAGUCAGCCAGCUAAUUAACCCCCAGCAGCGCAAUGCCCUGACCCCAACCACCAUCCCUGACGGCAUGGGAACCAACAUUCCCAUGAUGGGCACCCACAUGGCCAUGACCGGCGACAUGAAUGGCCUCAGCCCCACGCAGGCACUGCCGCCUCCCCUCUCCAUGCCUUCAACGUCCCACUGCACUCCCCCUCCUCCAUACCCCACAGACUGCAGCAUUGUCAGCUUCUUAGCGAGGUUGGGCUGCUCAUCCUGUGUGGAUUAUUUCACGACCCAGGGGCUGACCACCAUCUAUCAGAUUGAGCAUUACUCCAUGGAUGAUCUGGUGAGCCUCAAGAUCCCGGAGCAGUUCCGCCACGCCAUCUGGAAGGGCAUCCUGGACCACCGGCAGCUCCAUGACUUCUCCUCCCCUCCCCACCUCCUGCGUACCCCUAGCGGCGCCUCCACUGUCAGCGUGGGCUCCAGUGAAACCCGGGGGGAGCGGGUCAUCGACGCGGUCCGCUUCACGCUCCGGCAGACCAUUUCCUUCCCACCCCGCGACGAGUGGAACGACUUCAACUUCGACAUGGAUGCCCGGCGCAACAAACAGCAACGCAUCAAGGAGGAAGGGGAGUGAGCUCCGCAGACCCCGCCCCGCCUCAGCCACAAACUGCUCAGCCCUUCAUUUGUCUUCCCUUCUGCUUGGUACUGCACCCCUGGACGAAGGGCGGAGGGAGCCUCCUUGCUCGCUCACGCUAGUUAUGCCCUUGAUGCUGUCUAGGCCAUGCUCCUGGACUGCAACCUCCACCCCAGCUCUUGCAAGAGGAGGAGCUGAGCGAAGGGGGAAGGCGGGUGGCGUUUCCUUGAAAGCUGUUGGCCUUCUCGAGAAGGCGUUGUCCUUGUUUCGUGUUUUCCUUUGGGGAGAGGGCUUCUUUUCUUGA